ACAGCAGAUGAGGGUCACUGGGGAUUUCCACAGAGAAGGAUCAGAGAAGGCAUGAGAAGUAGGUUAGGCAGAGAACGGGGGGAAACACAUGUAGUCACAGAGAGAGAGAGAGAGAGAUCAUCCGGCAGGAAGAGAGUGGCGACAGAAGAUCACGAGCACUGAAUGAGAGCAGCAGAAGAAGUGAAGCAGAGAGUUCACUGAGCUGAGACAACUUAAACAUCAGAGGCCUGGAGCAGGCUUCAGGUGGGGAGGCCGACAUUACACUUUUCACUCACAGGAGGUGGACCUGUCCAAUGGGCUGCAAAUGGUUGAGAUGAACUGCACGAGUGAGGACAAGUACCUAAAAGAUGGAAAAUGCUGUGAUCGCUGUCCUGCAGGGACGCAUGUGCAGACUGAUUGUGACGGCACAAACAGAACCAAGUGUGAUGCAUGUCGACAUGGGUUUUACAUGGCCACUAAAAAUCACUUGAUGAAAUGUCAACUCUGCAAAAAGUGCAAUUACCAAAACAAACAGAGGGAAUCCAAAUACUGUUCAGCCUUGGAGGACACGAAGUGCGAGUGUGAGACUGGUUUCUUCUGUAGUAAUGACCAGUGUGAGCACUGCCAGCCAGUGACCCAGUGCCCUGUGGGUGAAGGAGUGCGGGUUCCAGCUAAUCGCACCAAUGAUACCAUCUGUGCUCCUUGUGAGGAGGGGACCUACAGCAACGUGACCGAUUUCAUCUCACGCUGUAAAACACACACCAGAUGUCGGGAAUUAGGCAGAGAUCUGAGAGUUCGGGGAACCCAAAAAAACGAUUCCAGCUGCACUGACGUUUUACCGCGUUGUUCCUGGAUGCUGCCCACAGUCCUUUGGUCAGGACUCGUGUUGACGACACUUGUCCUGCUCGCUGUUUUCGUCUUCUGUAGGGCAAAGCGCAGAUCGCUCCGAGCAGCCAGGUCCAGUGUUCCUGUUACGGCGGAGGUGGUGACCACAGUACUGGUGAGGUCGCUGGAUCUGUCUCUACCGUCCACAGAGCCGAACGGCCACUGCCAAGAGAGCUGUGCCCCGGAGGAGUCCAAGUUACCACUUUGCAGCACAGAUGUUUCACUGGUCAGCUGCGAUGUGGAAAGCAGCCUACCCAUAACCCCGCUGAAGUUCUCGGCUUCAUUUGCUAGAUCCAGUCCCAACACUGGGGAUCGCACCAGCAACUUCCACAGGAUGCCCUCUGAGCCACAGGAGGACGAGUGGUGUGACAUAACGCAGUAAAAGUUCUCGUAACAGCACGGACGGAGUUUAGAGUCACUUUCUGGCUCGGAGAUGCUGUAACUUAAAAAAAAAAAAACUUAAACCGUAACUAUUUAUACCAACAAGAAACAAAGAGCAGAAGGUUGUACUUUGUGGAAAUAAGGGUCGCUGAUCGUUUGUCGCCCCCUGCAGGCCUUUCUUGAGAACUUCAAUUCUUGUGACGGGACAUUUUUUACAGUGAAGCUAAGAGCUCAAAAUCCUGACAUCAAGUAACUGACAGAUUUAUCACAUGUGCAGAUUUAACUUAAGCUAAAAGCAAACACUGGUGCAGCUCUUUACUUUGACUGGAGCUUCAGACUGAAAGGGGUCUUAAGCUACAGCUCAGUGUCGUCUCUAUUAAGGGAUAUGUCUUGUUAUUGUUUUAUAUUUUUCUUAUCAACAAACCACCAAAACCAACACAAACUAAUCCUACAAAUAUUUUCCGCUGUAGUCAACCUAUAUAUAAGUUAUUUCUCAAUACAAUAUAUAUCCGAUGUUGUCAAAAAGCAAAAAAUACCUUGUGUGUCCAUCCCGGUGUCAAUCGAUGAAGUCUAUGCAUCCAACCAGCAUGGUAACACAACUCAAAAAGCGUUUCUGUUGUUGGGCUUAGACUUUUCACGGAACUUGUCGACAGUAAAAUAUAAAAUGUUUCUUGUCUGCAUUAUGUAUGCAUCGUGUAAAGUAUGUUUUUGGAAUGUUGCUUGAAUCUAAUUUAACUUAUUUUGUUGCAAAUUCAGAUGAUUUGGCCAAUUUUUUUUUUUUUUACAUUUUAACUGUUGGAAGCCAAAGAAAUUAAACUCUCUUACCUUCUCUUUAA